GGGAUACUAGAAAGAGUGUGCCUCGUUCCGCCGGAGAGUCCCCCAUAGUGUUGCUGUAUGGAAUUCUGCAUCAAGUUACUCACUACUUCCCAUUGUUUUUCGGCCCUUCUAAGCGCCUUGCAGCGCUUGCUCGUUUGUUUCCUUGUUUGGGUUCGCAUUUUACUUUCCAUCAAGGAUCCCCAAUCGACACCUUAUUGUGCACUUAGCAGUUCGUCAAUCAGCUGAUAUCCUUUCAGAGUAAUCAUUCCACUCAUCAACCAAGAUUGACAUCGAGACACGAGAAUCAGAAAGCGGACAUCGAAACCGCAUCUGGAUGGACAUGAGUCGAGCAGAGCUGAGGAGACAAGGCCCCUGGAAACUACAACCGUCGGCCCG